GGGUGGGGAAGUGUGGGUUCUGUACUGUCUUACCUGUCCCCCCCACCCAACACAACAUACUCACAAACACAUACACACUCUCUCUCUAACACUACUCCAACUACAACUCCAAAAGCCACUACCACAUUGGCUUUUGUUGCCUUUUGUUGCUGUGCCUCCUAUGCAAUUGUCUAUGUCUGCUGCUUCUGCUCCCUCUUCUCAGUACCUUCAAAUGGGGGUGGAAUCAUACUUUGAAUUCCUUGUUAUUAUUUGAUGGAUACUCUUUUUCUCAUAUUCUCUUCUCUUCUUCCCACCAUGUCCUCUCUUCCACCCCUCCCCUGUUUCUUUUUUCUCCUUUGUGGUGUCCCUCCAAACAUGAACUCCUUUUUCAUGAUUUGACCUCAUUUCCAUUUUGUUACAGUUCUCACUUUCUGGAUUUCCUUUUCUUAGACCCACUUGAUUGCACCCUUCGCCUCCUUUAUCCUCUCUUUCUUUCUCUCUUGUUUUUUAUUCUCUCUGGUUCCUCCAUUGAGUCCCACUCUCCACAAGAACCAACAACCAUCACACUGGGGCGUUCAUGGAAAUUGAUCUGAACUAUGCAGUGACUGAGCCUGAGAAGACCGCGUCUUGCAAUGGCGACUGUGACAAAGGUGCUGCUUGCGUUUGCUCUCUGUCCUCUCCUACUUGUUCAUCUUCUGGUUCCUCCUCCGCACGUGUGUCCUCCUCUUAUCUUGAGCUCUGGCACGCUUGUGCUGGCCCCCUCACUUCCCUCCCAAAGAAAGGGAAUGUGGUGGUGUAUUUCCCACAAGGGCACUUAGAACAAGCCUCAUCUUUCUCUCCCUUUUCAUCAAUGGACAUGCCAACCUAUGAUCUUCAGCCACAGAUCUUCUGUAGAGUUGUCAAUAUUCAGUUACUUGCCAAUAAGGAGAAUGAUGAGGUUUAUACACAGGUUACUUUGCUUCCCCAGGCUGAGUUGGCAGGGAUGUAUUUGGAGGGAAAAGAGCUUGAGGAAUUGGGAGCAGAUGAAGAGGGAAAUGAAACAACACCUACAAAAUCAACUCCUCAUAUGUUCUGCAAAACACUCACAGCCUCAGACACCAGCACUCAUGGGGGGUUUUCUGUCCCUCGCAGAGCUGCUGAAGACUGUUUUCCUCCAUUGGAUUAUAAGCAGCAAAGGCCCUCUCAGGAGCUUGUUGCCAAGGACCUGCAUAAUGUGGAGUGGAAAUUUCGACAUAUUUACAGAGGUCAGCCAAGGCGGCAUCUUCUCACUACUGGCUGGAGUAUUUUUGUUAGCCAAAAGAAUCUUGUUUCUGGAGAUGCAGUUCUCUUUCUGAGGGGUGAAAAUGGAGAACUGAGAUUGGGAAUCCGAAGAGCUGCUCGACCAAGAAAUGGUCUUCCUGAAUCAAUUGUUGGUAGCCAGAAUUAUUAUCCCAAUUUCCUUUCUUCUGUGGCCAAUGCUAUAUCCGCCAAAAGCAUGUUUCAUGUUUUCUACAGUCCAAGAGCAAGUCAUGCGGAUUUUGUUGUGCCCUACCAAAAGUAUGUCAAAAGCAUAAAGAAUCCAGUAACCAUUGGGACAAGAUUCAAAAUGAAAUUUGAAAUGGAUGAAUCUCCGGAGAGAAGGUGUACUAGUGGUAUAGUGACUGGAAUGAGUGAUUUGGAUCCCUAUAAAUGGCCUAAGUCAAGAUGGAGGUGCUUGAUGGUGAGAUGGGAUGAAGAUAUUGAGAUUAAUCAUCAAGAUAGAGUAUCUCCUUGGGAGAUUGAUCCUUCUGCAUCUCUCCCUCCCUUGAGCAUUCAAUCCUCCAGAAGGCUGAAGAAACUGAGGCCAGGUCUGCAGGGUGCUUCACCCAGUCACCUCAUCACAGGAGGCAGUGGGUUUAUGGACUCUGAGGAGUCUGUAAGAUCAUCCAAGGUCUUGCAAGGUCAAGAAAAGUCAGGUUUUAUGUCACUGUAUUAUGGAUGUGACACAGUAACUAAGCAGCCAGAAUUUGAGAUCAGAUCUCCAAGCCAUCCAAAUUUUGCAUCAUCAACUGGAGUGAGAAAGAUUGCUGCUGGUGAGUUUAUGAGGGUUCACCCUCCUAGUUAUGCAGGAUUCACAGAACCUAACAGGUUUCAAAGGGUCUUGCAAAGUCAAGAAAUAUGUCAAUUGAGAUCUCUGACAGGAAAGGUUGAUUUGAACUUUGGUGCCUGGGGCAAACCCAGUUGCACAAAUCACAACCUGCAACAGGCAACCAAACCCAACUUUCACUCUUUAGCACCAGAAGUUAUUCAAACUGCAUAUUUUCCUUAUGGUGAUAUUCACAAAGCUGGCCAAGGUAGCAGCACCAGCAUGUCGUGCUCUAAACCUAACAAUUUCCAGCGAGAAAAUGUCACAUUUAACUCUCCUUCCUCUCAGUCAAGGAUCAUGAGAAAUGAAGCUGGAAGACCAGAAGUCACAAUCCAAAAUGAGCAGAAGCUGCAGGACAAUAUUUCUGGGGCUGCUUCUUUAGGGACAAACAUGAGGAUUUCAAAUGAUGAAAGUUUCAACGGGAAGGUAAAUGCUUGUAAACUAUUUGGAUUUCCCUUGUCUGGGGAAGUCACCACCCAAAAUUUACAGAACUCGGCUAAAAGAAGUUGCACAAAGGUUCACAAGCAAGGUAGCUUAGUUGGAAGAGCCAUUGAUCUCUCAAGAUUGAACAGCUACAGUGACCUGCUGAUUGAACUAGAGAGACUAUUUAGCAUGGAAGGCCUUCUAAGAGAUCCUAAUAAGGGAUGGAGAAUCCUUUACACUGACAGUGAAAAUGACAUCAUGGUUGUGGGAGAUGACCCGUGGCAUGAGUUCUGCGAGGUGGUCUCGAAGAUUCAUAUCCAUACACAAGAAGAAGUUGAGAAGAUGACAAUUGGGAUGAUGAAUGAUGAUACCCAGAGUUGUUUGGAACAGGCACCAGUGAUGAUUGAAGCUUCAAAGUCUUCUUCUGUGGGUCAGCCAGAUUCUUCUCCAACAGUGGUUAGAAUCUAGUUUUAAGGUUGUCUUAGGUAUUGUGAUGUUGCCCUAUUUUUAUGCUAUAUGAUCAAUACUAUUUUGCACAUAUGUUGAUUGAUACCACCAUCAAUUGCACUAUCUAUGAACUAACAAGGUAAGGGCAUACUAAAAAUAAAUCGACAACAAUGUCUCUGAACUUGCUGAAUAAGGGCACCAUAUUGCUUGGUACCAUGUAAAGCCAUUUACAAGUAACUUUGGAGUAAACUGUUAAAACC